UAGCGUAGUUAUUUAACAUAAAGACAGUUCACCGAUAUUCAUAUAAAGUCGUUGUUAAUAGUGUACAAACCACCGUAACAGUUAUAUUCAUCUAUUUUAUUUAACAAAAAAAUCUUUCAAAGCUUUGCAGUAAAAUUUACUGCCAAUUUUUCCGAAAUUUCAACAAAUCUUUCGUACACUUUAACGAUGGGGUUAAAACAUGUGUAUUAUUUAUCAAGAACGGUUUUUGUCAAAAACAAUGAUACUGAACGUGCUUGCCGUCUAAUGAACAAAAUUUUAGGACGUGAAGGCAUACUUGAUCAGUUUAGACGCACAAGAUAUUAUGAAAAACCGUGUCAAGUCAGGAGAAGAAUCAAUUAUGAAAGAUGUAAAGCUAUUUACGACGAGGAUAUGAAUAGAAGAAUUCAGUUUAUGUUGAGAAAAAAUCGAGUUGAUCCAUUUCCAGGGAGCUUCUAGAUUUGUCACGUAAUGUACAACUAAUUGUAAUGCUAAUAAUUGUCAUAAAAUGUAGCUACAAAGAACAUAAUAAAUACCUACUUACA